AUGGAUAUAAGCUAUAUCUUUGUGAUCUCCCUGAUGCUGGCCCUGUGCAGCAGCCAGGCCGAGAGCAAACAAAAGUCUGGACGGGGCCGAGGCUCCAUGUGGUGGGGCAUUGCCAAGGUCGGCGAACCGAACAAUAUGUCACCCAUCACCACUGGCAUUAUGUACAUGGAUCCCGCCAUACACUCCACACUGCGGAGGAAACAGCGUCGCUUGGUGCGAGACAAUCCGGGUGUACUGGGAGCCCUCGUCAAGGGUGCCAACCUGGCCAUCAGCGAGUGCCAGCAUCAGUUCCGCAAUCGACGGUGGAACUGCUCAACCAGGAACUUCCUAAGAGGCAAAAAUCUCUUUGGCAAGAUUGUAGAUCGAGGCUGCCGCGAGACGGGCUUCAUCUAUGCCAUCACCAGCGCCGCGGUGACCCACUCGAUAGCCCGGGCCUGCAGCGAGGGCACCAUCGAGUCCUGCACCUGCGACUACAGCCACCAGUCGCGCUCCCCGCAGGCCAACCAUCAGGCGGGCAGCGUGGCCGGUGUCCGGGACUGGGAGUGGGGCGGCUGCUCCGACAACAUUGGAUUCGGCUUCAAGUUCUCCCGCGAGUUCGUGGACACUGGCGAGCGUGGACGCAAUCUGCGCGAGAAGAUGAAUCUCCACAACAACGAGGCGGGCCGAGCGCAUGUCCAGGCUGAGAUGCGGCAGGAGUGCAAAUGCCACGGCAUGUCCGGCUCGUGUACGGUGAAGACCUGCUGGAUGCGUCUCGCCAAUUUCCGUGUCAUCGGUGAUAAUCUGAAGGCACGCUUCGACGGAGCCACCCGUGUCCAGGUCAGCAACAGUCUCCGGCAGAGUGCCAAUGCCGUUGCCGUAGUCAGCCCGAAUGCGGCGGGCUCCAACUCUGCCGGUUCCAAUGGCCUGCUGCAGUCUGCAGUCAGCGUCUACGAGGAUGAGGAGCGCAUGCUGAACGAUCACAUGCCCGAUCUGCUGCUGGACAACACUCAUCUGAGCAGCAAGAUCCAUCAUCCAAAUAUGCCAUCGCCGAACAGUUUACCCAUGGCGGGCGCAAGAGCCAGGAACGGACGUCGUCAGGGUCGCAAACAUAAUAGAUAUCACUUCCAAUUGAAUCCACACAAUCCGGAGCACAAGCCACCUGGCUCCAAGGACAUUGUCUACCUGGAGCCAUCGCCCAGCUUCUGCGAGAAGAAUCUGAGACACGGCAUACUGGGCACCCAUGGCCGGCAGUGUAAUGAGACCUCUCUGGGUGUCGAUGGCUGUGGCCUGAUGUGCUGCGGGCGUGGCUACCGAAGGGACGAGGUCGUCGUCGUGGAGCGAUGCGCCUGCACCUUCCACUGGUGUUGCGAGGUCAAGUGCAAGCUGUGUCGAACCAAGAAGGUUAUCUACACGUGUCUAUAAGUAGUCUAUAAGUUCCCAACCCACCCUGAAAUCCAUCCUCAUUCUAAGUAUCUAAAGCCACUCCCUCUUUUCUAUGUACGUGUUAUGUAUUUUGUCUACGCUUAGCCUUUGUUAUUAGCCACUUAAGAGCCUAGACUAUAGCCUAGUUAAAGAUACAGCUACCAACCCCCCCAGCAACACACUCUCUCCUACCCUAAUAUCAUGUUUAACUCUCACUUUUGACAGCAGUAUUACGGGAGGAAUCAAUGAAUAGAUUUCAUGAGGAAUACAACUUAUGUUUGCCCAGUUCUUAGUUAUGUAAGCCAGCAAAUUAUUUUGUAAAUUACAAUUGCUGCACGUCCAUCCCAUCCCAUCCCUUAGUCUAGGGUUUAGUUUUAGGCUAGCUUAAAGUUCUACUAGCGCGUCCCCCUCCCUCUACCCACUCUACUCUAUACAAAUCUUUGCUCUUUCUUUCUAUAAACGAAAAAAAGUUUUAAAUCAUUUUUAAAUCAUCGAAAAACAAGACUGAACAAAUUCAACAUCGCGCCGCUCUCCCUCCGUCGUCUAUAUCUUUCGAAUAUCGAAUAUUGCUUCCAUGUUGCUUUGGCCUGGCUCAAAGCGGAUGGAAAGCGGGAAUAGAUCAGAAAUCAUUUA